UUUGUUUUUUUUUGCAUUUAUGACUUUGUCAUUGUACCUUGUCCCUGUCCCUGUCCAAUUCUGCCGUUCUUUACUCCCCGACCGCCUUUUUUCUCAGUUGACUCUACCACCGCCAAAGACCACCCACUCUAUUCGCCCGUACCUAAAACAACUUCAACCAAACUCAAGAACCCCCCCCCAAAACAAGAAAAAACCGAAAUGAGCUCCCGCGAAGCCUACCAGAUCCCCUCCUCCGCCGGCGGCGCGGCUACCGGCGGUGCGGCCGCGGGCACGCGAAGCAGCGCGUUCGACAUGGACGGCGGCGGCGCGACCAUGCACUACAUCUGCGGCGACUGCGGGACCAAGUUCCCGCUGAAGCGCAACGACCCCAUUCGCUGCAAGGAGUGCGGGUGCCGCGUGUUGUAUAAGGAGCGAACCAAGAGAAUGGUGCAGUUCGAGGCGCGGUAACGGGCUACGCGGGGUGCAACGGAAUAGAACGAGAUGAUAGAUACGCUCCUGAUCCUUAAUAGUGAACUCUGAUGGUUUGGCGUCAUGUUUGGCUAGUCGCACAACCCAGAAACGGUUUCCUUACGCGGCGGAGAUGCUACGUCGUGAGUUACAUACGGAAGCAGGGCAGACAUCGUUCUUAGGGGUUCGAUGGGAUAUCAAGAAGCUGUCUGCAUC